GUAGAAAUCGGAAUUCAGAGAGCUUUUACCAUGCUGAACAGCCGGGACCGGGAAGACCUGCACUCGGGUUUGUGUCUGUGGCUAUGGGGAUGCUUGGCUCUCUUUAAAGGCAGUACAGGCUGUGCGUCUGAAGAACAGCUCUUCCACACACUGUUUGCUCACUACAACCGCUUCAUCCGGCCGGUGGAGAACGUCUCAGAUCCUGUCACGGUACACUUUGAAUUGGCAAUCACACAGCUGGCCAAUGUGGGGCUGCUUGGACAGUAACUUCUCACAGAAGCCUUCUUUGACUCCUAUUUUGAACGGAUGUGAUGAAGUCAACCAGAUUAUGGAGACCAAUCUGUGGCUGCGUCAUAUCUGGAAGGACUACAGAUUGCGUUGGGAUCCAACGAAGUAUGAUGGCAUUCAGACGCUUCGGGUUCCAGCAGACAACAUCUGGAAGCCUGACAUUGUUCUAUAUAACAAUGCCGUCGGCGACUUCCAGGUCGAAGGCAAGACCAAAGCUCUCCUUAAGUACGACGGUGUGAUAACCUGGACCCCACCAGCCAUCUUUAAGAGCUCUUGCCCUAUGGACAUCACCUUCUUCCCAUUUGACCAUCAAAACUGCUCCCUGAAGUUUGGUUCCUGGACUUACGACAAGGCAGAAAUCGACCUUCUCAUCAUUGGCUCUAAAGUGGACAUGAACGACUUUUGGGAAAACAGCGAAUGGGAAAUUGUCGACGCCUCUGGCUACAAGCAUGACAUCAAGUACAACUGCUGUGAAGAGAUUUACACAGAUAUAACCUACUCCUUCUACAUCAGGAGGCUCCCCAUGUUUUACACCAUCAACCUCAUCAUCCCCUGCCUCUUCAUUUCCUUCCUCACAGUGCUGGUCUUUUACCUUCCCUCUGACUGUGGCGAGAAAGUGACUCUUUGCAUCUCCGUUCUGCUUUCUCUCACUGUCUUUUUGCUGGUGAUCACGGAGACCAUCCCAUCCACGUCUCUCGUGAUCCCACUGGUGGGUGAGUAUCUACUAUUCACCAUGAUCUUUGUCACACUGUCCAUUGUGGUGACCGUGUUCGUGCUGAACAUACACUACAGGACCCCAGCAACGCAUACCAUGCCCAAGUGGGUGAGGACCAUCUUCCUUCAGGUCUUCCCCUCAAUCCUGAUGAUGAGGAGGCCUCUGGACAAGACUAAGGAGGCAGGUGGUGUUAAGGACCCCAAAGGCCAUACCAAGAGGCCUGCCAAGGUCAAGUUUACUCAUCGAGGAGAACCCAGACUUCUAAAGGAAUGCCGCCACUGCCAAAAAUCAAGUGAUAGAGCUCCUGGAAAGAGAAGAUCAAGCCAGCAACCUGCACGGUGGGUGGAGGAGAAUUCAGAGCACUCACCCGAUGUUGAAGAUGUCAUCGAGAGUGUUCAAUUCAUAGCCGAAAACAUGAAGAGUCACAAUGAAACAAACGAGGUAGAAGACGACUGGAAAUACAUGGCUAUGGUGGCGGAUAGAGUCUUCCUUUGGGUAUUUAUAAUCGUCUGUGUGUUUGGAACCAUGGGGCUAUUUCUGCAGCCACUGCUUGGGAACACAGGAAAAUCUUAACUGGUAUUGUCCUUUUACCUUCUGAAUCUUUUAGAUAUUGUGGGGGUUUUUUGUUUUUUUUUGUUGUUGUUGUUAUUUUUUU